AUGUGGUUGGAGAUCUGUAGGAACGGAUCCUAUCCCAGGGCCAUUGAUGAGGACACCAUCCAUCAACCUGUGACUACAAUUCUGAAGAUCUCCGUUCGUCACCGAGACCAAGAUAUUAAGAUCAGUGUUGGGUCUGUGGCCAAAACCAUUCAUGGCUAUCUGCACAUGCAAAAGUCUGCCCGAUGGGUUUCCAAUAUUCUCAAGCCUUUCCAGAAACAGGAACGAGUCCAAGGUUCUUUUAGCCAUGUACCAAGAAAACCAGAACUAAUACAGGAUGAAACUUGGGUCCAUCACUAUGAUCCAGAGAGAAUUGCAGAAGGCUAUCAAGGCCAAGAAGCAUGGAAUGUUGACUAG